CAUCAGUUUUUAACGAAGUACGGGUAUUUGAGUAACAAUCUGCACGGGGUUGGAGCUCUGAGGACGGAGGAGUCCGUGCGGCAGGCGAUCAAGGAACUGCAGGAGUUCGCUGGACUCGAGGUGACCGGGACGGUGGAUUCGAGGACGCAGAGGCUUCUGGCGACGCCGAGAUGCGGGAUGCCGGACGUGCGACCGACGUCGCGACGCCAGAAGCGGUACAUGCUGCAGGGUCAGAAGUGGCCCUACACCAAUCUGCAGUGGAGUUUGCAGAGCUUGAAUUUACGCCACCUGAAUCCGUACGAAGUGAGGGUGGUGAUUUCGAAGGCGCUGGAUGUUUGGAGCAAACAUUCAAAGCUCACCUUCACCGAGGGCAACAGCACCAAAGCGGAUAUUCUAAUUUACUUUCACAGCGGUGAGCACGGAGACAACUUCGCCUUCGAUGGUAAAGGUCAGGUUCUGGCUCAUGCAUUCUUCCCAGGAAGCGGGCGCGGAGGAGACGCUCAUUUCGAUCUGGACGAGACUUGGCUCACGCGAGAGAAUCAGGAUGAGGAUGGAGGCACCAGUCUGUUUCACGUGGCGGCUCACGAGUUUGGACACUCGUUAGGACUUCAGCACUCGUCCGUCGAAGGAGCUCUCAUGUAUCCAUGGUACCAAGGGAUUCAAAACGGUUUCGAUUAUGAACUGCCCGAGGACGACAGAUUGGCCAUACAGAGUUUAUACGGUACCCAUCAGACUAAGCAAUGGGAUCGGAUACCGGUGUACCAUCCGCAGCAGCCGCAGACUCCUCCAACUAGAAGACACACCACUACCACAACCACCACGACCACAACUACCACGACAACCACUACCACUACCCCGAGACCAAGAUGGGAGCAUCGACCAAAAACGUACAGACCUAGAAAACCAAUGCAUCCGGAUCACAAGAAGGAUUACUACCCGCACAAACAUCCAAGCAGAUACCCACCGAUCAGGCACCACAACGACAAGUAUCCCAGGUACCAUCCCACCAUGCCGAAGACGACUACAACCACAACAUCCACGACCACCACGCAGAAACCGACGAGGAGACAUACGUGGUACAAGGAGUCGACGAACAAGCAUCGUCCACCGGACACGUGCAACACCAGCUACGAUUCCAUCGCCGUUAUCCGCAACGAAGUAUUCAUCUUCAAAGACGCUUAUUUCUGGAGAAUCGGAAACAAUGGUUUACACUCAAAUUAUCCGGCUUUGAUAAAGAUGAUGUGGCACGGAUUGCCGGAUGAUUUCAGCCAUGUGGAUGCAGUGUACGAGCGGCCGGACAGCAAGAUAGUGUUCUUCAUAGGAAGAAACUAUUACGUGUUCAAUGGUACAACGAUGGACAAGUACUAUCCCAGAUUGAUACGGGAUAUGGGUCUGCCGGAGAGCCUCGAGAGAAUCGACGGUGCGACGAUCUGGGGUCACAACGGUAAAACGUUCUUCUUCAGCGGCAACGAAUAUUGGCGCUUCGACGAGGAAUCGAAACGCGUCGAAUUGGAUUACCCGAGGAGCAUGUCGAUGUGGGCCGGCGUUGAACCCAACAUCGACGCCGUUUUCCAAUGGAAAGACGGGAAGACGUACUUCUUCAAGGGCACCGGCUACUGGGAAUUCAACGAUCUCAGGAUGAGAGUGGAGACGACAGAGCAGAUCGCCUCGGGACCACAAUGGAUGGGCUGCACCAAAAACCUCCAGAAUCCGGGAUUUAAGGCUCCCUACACCGACAAAUCCGACGCCCUUGGGAUCGCAUCCCAUCGUUUACCAGCACUGACCGUACUGACGACUUUUUUUGUCAUACUUUUAUACAACUUAUAAUACUUAGAAUUUACUUUAAUACUAUUAUAAGACUCAUUUUAUUCACCAUUUUAUUAAAGAGGGUCAGACUUAGGUUCGUCCCUCCCUUUCCUAAAUACAAAGAGACAUUGUUUAGAAAAGGGAGGGAUCAUUCUUAAAUAUUAAAACGAAACAAAAAUCGGCCAUCCACAUAAAUGUUUUCUUUAAUAUAUCUUCGACUCUAACUUAUCCAUGGACCACAACACAACAAUCACUCAAAUCAAUCAAUUUACACGAGAAAUUCUACAUACUUUUCCAAACAAAAUACAAUCGGAUUCUGCUUCAAUGUUUGCAAGAAAGUGUCGAAUACUCCUCAACCCCAUCCCUUCUAACUUUUUAUAUAUUUAUACCAAACUUUACCCAGAUGGUUCUUUCUCACGGAAAGAAUUUGUAUUCUUGGACAUUAGUCAGCAACUCUUCUUUAUGUAAUAUAUCAAAAAAAAAGUAAUUAAUCAUAAAGCUAAAUCAGAACCAACAUAUAACUUUAUCUUAACGUAAAGUUAAAUUUCAGUUGAAAAAAUAUAUCCUUUUUUUAUAACGUUAU